UGCUUCUAUAUUUAUCUGCCAAUGGAAGCCGAGGUUUUGCGGUAACAACAUAAAAGGAUUUGGGUGUAACGUGACAGCAAAAUUUAGACUGAAAGAUACUGAGUUUACUGUGUAAGAAGAGCCCAAGGCAGAAAGACGUUCAUACUUGUGAUUCAGCCGUGUCAAGAAUGCGUGAGUACAAGCUUGUGGUCCUUGGAUCUGGGGGUGUUGGCAAAAGUGCACUGACUGUACAAUUUGUACAAGGGAUCUUUGUUGAAAAGUACGACCCUACAAUUGAAGACUCUUACAGAAAGCAAGUUGAAGUAGAUGGGGCACAGUGUAUGUUGGAAAUACUCGAUACUGCUGGAACUGAACAAUUUACUGCAAUGCGUGACUUGUAUAUGAAGAAUGGCCAGGGCUUUGUUCUUGUAUACUCGAUAACGUCUCAAGCAACCUUCAACGAUCUUGCGGACCUCAGAGAACAAAUCUUGAGGGUCAAAGACCAAGAUGACGUGCCUAUGGUUCUAGUGGGUAACAAAUGUGAUUUGGAAGAUGAGAGGGUUGUUGGCAGAGACCAGGGACAAAAUCUAGGAAAACAGUGGGGAAACUGUUCAUUUAUGGAGUCCUCUGCCAAAUCAAAGAUCAACGUAUCUGAGAUUUUCUAUGACCUAGUAAGGCAGAUCAACAGUAAAACUCCGGAGAAGCCUGAAAAAAAGAAGAAGCGGGGCUGUCUUGUACUGUAACUCCUUAAAGUAGCUGUGUUUAACAGAUAUUUCCAAGCACUAACAAGUGUUAAAAAGCAUUUUCUGUUAUUAUGUAUAAUUACACCUCUGUAAAAAGAAACAUUUACAUGGACUUUUGAUUUAGUUUUUGCGAGUGUAUAUGUUUUAGCUACAUAAUUAUGUACAAUUAUUACAUUAAAAUUAUGCCAACA